ACUGGAAGGGGCGGAUCCCCAGGCACCCACUCCCGAUGGCUCUAGAGGGAGACCCCAGCCCUUCCAUGUCAGUGUAGCUGAGGGGACAGGCACAGACUAGAGCCAGGCACUUGGUUUCAAGCUCACUGGAGCCACUUCCCAGCUGUGUGAGCCGGGACACGUGGUUUCGCCUAGCUGGGCCUCGGUUUCCCCAUCUGUAAGAUGGGGAAGUAAUCAGAGCAGCCACCGCUGGGGGCAUCGGAAGGGCUCAGGGAAUGCAGGAGACCCGCCUGGGGGUAUUAUCAGAAGGGCUGAGAGAACGGCAGGAGACCCGGUGCCGGUGGGUGUGGCCGUAGUGCUGUUUUGUUUUUGUUGUUUUUUGACUCUAGUCUCAUUCUGUUGCCGAGGCUGGAGUGCGGUGGUACAAUCUCACAACCUCCGCCUCCCGGGUUCAAGCGAUUCUCCUGCCUCAGCCUCCCAAGUAGCUGGGACUACAGGCACCUGCCACCACACCCGGCUAAUUUUUUUGUAUUUUUAGUAGAGAUGAGGUUUCCCCAUGUUGGCCAGGCUGGUCCCAAACUCCUGACCUCAGGUGAUCCGCCCGCCUCGGCCUCCCAAAGUGCUGGGAUGACAGGCGUGAGCCACCUUACUUGGCCUGGUUCUUUUUGACACAGGGUCUCACUCUGUCACCCAGGCCAGAGUGCAGUGGCACAAUCACAGCUCACUGCAGCCUCAACUUCCCCAGCUCCAGCAAUCCUCCCGCCUCAGCCUCCCGAGUAGCUGGGACCGCAGGCGUGCACCACCACGCCCGGCUAAUUUCUGUAUUUUUGGUAGAAACGGGGUCUCUGCUGCCCAUGCUGGGGUUGUCAUGGUUUCUAUUGAGCACCUGCAUCUGUUUCAUGUGGCUGAGCCUCCCGAAAGCCCUGCCCGUGGGAACAGUAUCCCCGUCUGAUGGAAGUAAAAAUCUCAGCCCACAGAGGUAGAGAGGCUGGCUCAAGGCCACACAGCUGAGUGGUCCUUAGUGGAGUCAGCUGUUAAUUCUGGCAUCUGCCAUCUAAGCCAGACUAUGCUAAAACCGAACCCUUGGCCGGGUUUGGUGGCUCAUGCCUGUAAUCCCAGCACUUUGGCAGGCUGAGGCAGGCACAUCAUUUGAGGUCAGGAGUUCAAGACCAGCCUGACCAACAUGAUGAAACUCCGUAUCUACUAAAAAUACAAAAAUUAACCAGAUGUCAUGGCGGGCACCUGUAAUCUCAGCUGCUCGGGAGGCUGAGGCUGAGAAUCACUUGUACCCAGGGGGCAGAGGUUGCAGUGAGCAGAGAUCACGCCACUACACUCCAGCCUGGGAGACAGAGAGAGAUCCUGUCUAAAAAUAAUAAUUUAAAAAAAAAACAGAAAAAAAAAAUCUGAUUCUGGGCACAGUCCCGGACCUCACUGAGCUCAUGUCAGGUGGGAAGAUGGCGUGAAUCGGGAACCACCCAGGGAUGGUGGUCAGGCCGAACAGGUGGGAAGCCCAGGGCGCUGUGGAAUGCCCGAGGAAGUGCCUCGUUCGUGGGAGGGCUGGGCAGGCGACCUGGAGGACGUGGGGUGGUUUUUUUGUGUUUUGUUUUGGAGACAGAGUUUCACUCUUGUUACCCAGGCUGGAGUGCAAUGGCAUGAUUUCUGCAACCUCUACCUCCCGGGUUCAAGUGAGUCUCCUGCCUCAGCCUCCUAAGUAUCUGGGAUUACAAGUGCCCGCCACCACGCCCAGCUAAUUUUUGUGUUUUUAGUAGAGAUGGGGUUUCGCCAUGUUGGUCAGGCUGGUCUCGAACUCCUGACCUCAGGUGAUCCGCCCGCCUUGGCCUCCCAAAGUGCUGGGUGCUGGGAUUACAGGCAUGAGCCACUGCGCCCAGCCAAGGAAGUGGGUUUUGAAGGUUGAAUAGGAGUUCUUCAGGCGCUUUUCCCUGAAGGUUGGCUGAGACAGGAAAAUCACUUGAGCCUGGGAGGCGGAGGUUGCAAUGAGUCAAGAUCACACCAUUGCACUCCAGCCUGGGUGACAAGAGUGAAACUCCGUCUCAAAAAAAAAAAAAAUCAUCAUCGUCAUCACCCAUACAGACCCGCAGGACUCAACGCGGGCCUGCCAGCUCCACUGCCCUGAGCUCCCCUGGUGCCAGGCCCAGCGGGCAGUGCUGGAGCCCCAGUGGCUUGGGAUGGGGAGACCGGGACUCUGAGCUGGCAGUGUUGCUGCGUGCUGGCUGCAUGCCCACCAUGUGCUGGGCGCCGGCAUCCACUGGUUCCUGACACCCUCACCUGCCCCUGGGGGUGCGGCCGUCUUCUAGAGGGGGAAACUGAGGGUCAGCGCGGAAUGUGGGGGGAGCCCAGGCUGGCCCGGGGAGCAGUUGGCGGGGGAGGCCUUGGGCAACUUCCCGUGUUCCCACUGAGUGGGGCUGUCCCUGGGCCUGGGCGGGGACGCCGCCAACUGCCAAGGCCUGUGUAUAAGGGUGGCCACCGCCUUAGCCACAGAGCUGCCCCGCCAUGACCUGGCUGACAGUCCUGGCCCUGCUGGCUGGUCUGCUGGCGUCCUCGAGGGCCGGCUCCGGCCCCCUCGUGGACAUCGUGGGCGGCCGGAAGGCGAGGCCCCGCCAGUUCCCGUUCCUGGCCUCCAUUCAGAAUCAAGGCAGGCACUUCUGCGGGGGCGCCCUGAUCCAUGCCCGCUUCGUGAUGACCGCGGCCAGCUGCUUCCAAAGCCAGAACCCUGGGGUUGGCACCGUGGUGCUGGGCGCCUAUGACCUGAGGCGGCGGGAGAGGCAGUCCCGCCAGACGUUUUCCAUCAGCAGCGUGAGCGAGAACGGCUACAACCCCCAGCAGAACCUGAACGACCUGAUGCUGCUUCAGCUGGACCGCGAGGCCAACCUCACCAGCAGCGUGGCGAUACUGCCACUGCCUCCACAGAACGCCAUGGUGGAAGCCGGCACCAGAUGCCAGGUGGCCGGCUGGGGGAGCCGGGGCAGCAGGAGACGUCUCUCCCGUUUUCCCAGGUUCGUCAACGUGACUGUGACCCCCGAGGACCAGUGUCGCCCCAACAAUGUGUGCACCGGUGUGCUCACCCGCCGUGGCGGCAUCUGCAAUGGGGACGGGGGCACCCCCCUCGUCUGCGACGGCCUGGCACACGGCGUGGCCUCCUUCUCCGUGGGGCCCUGUGGCCGAGGCCCCGACUUCUUCACCCGAGUGGCGGUCUUCCGAGACUGGAUCGAUGGUGUUCUCAACAACCCAGGACCAGGGCCAGCCUAGGGGGGCCUGUGACCUCCCACGGAGCCCAGCCCCGCCCUCCACACCUCCCGCGCUCCGCACCCACCUCUCGCGGCCCCGCCCCUGCCCCCGCUCCGGCCCGCGGGGCCCUGGCUGUAAUAAAGAAGUCGAUCUCG